CAACAUGCUUGCUUAUGGGUUCAGAGAGAGUGAGCUCCUGUGAUGACCACCAUUUCCAGUGCCUGAACUGCGCUCACACUGUGGCAUGUGAGGGUUUAGUGGCACACCUGAAGUGUGCUGAAGGAGAGGUCAUAUCUGUGGACAGUGCUAAUUAUGGACGUCAUGACAAGACUACAUGUGCCUCUGGACGACCUGACUCUCAGAUCCAAAAUGUCCAGUGCUCAAGUCCCACUAGCAAAGUUGCUGACAGAUGUAAUGGGAAAAGCACCUGUGAUGUCAGUGUGAACAACUCAGAGUUUGGAGACCCCUGUGUUGGCACUUACAAGUACCUGGAGGUGACCUACAAAUGUCAGCCUCACACUGUGGCCUGUGAGGGGUCUCUGGCACACCUGAAGUGUGCUGAAGGACAGAUCAUAUCUGUGGACAGUGCUAAUUAUGGACGUCAUGACCAGACCACAUGUGUCUCUGGACGACCUUACUCUCAGAUCCAAAAUGUCCAGUGCUCAAGACCCACUAGCAAAGUUGCUGACAGCUGUAAUGGGAAAAACAGCUGUGAUAUCAAUGCAAACAACUCAGAGUUUGGAGACCCCUGUUUUGGCACUUACAAGUACCUGGAGGUGACUUACAGAUGUCAGCAUCCUGUUUGAACCAGAUCGCUGACAUCCCAAUACAUUAAUAAAAGCUUUGAAUUAAAUGCAUAACAAUGUAAUCAAGAAACCAAUCAAAUGAUCAUAAUUAAAUUAUAAAUACACUUUAUGGCCAAAACUAUGUGAACUAUGAAAACUACGUGCUGAACAUUUCACCCAUUUAUGAUUCUGGUCUUAUUUAUAUGGAGAUGGCAGCAAACUGCUGCUGUUUCUCCUUCAAGGUGACUUUUUUGAUUUAAGCCCCCUUUACACUAAACUCAAAUGGGCUGGCAAAAUGCUACUCCUGUGUUCUUUUUACACAGAGAGCCUACCAGCAUCUUGUUGUUGUGCCAAAAUCUGUUCCCUUCAAGAUAUACAUAUUUCCCCUAACAUUAUCAUUAACCAUGACCACUGGGGGAUUGAGAUGGGUUUCAGCUGUUAAAACACAAUUUUAACAGCUGAAACCCAUCUCAACAGGUUAACAGAUUUCAACACAAGACCAGUAUUAGAGGCAUGACAUUUAAUGUAAUGCCCACCAGAACAUAGUUUACAGCCAUGCAUAUAACAAAGCAUACUGAUGUUGCAUUGAUAUGCAUUUCGCCUUUGAGAUGUGUUUCUCCUAUCUUAAAAGGUUUCAUAGCUGCUUCUUCAUUUAAAUUGCUGGGAGCCUAGUGCAAUGUGCAGAUUUGUUUUAAUCUGUUUUUGGCAUUUAGGUUGUUGUUGGUUUGGCACCUGUUAAAGUAUUUUGGAUGUGCAUGCUCUGUAUUCAGUUUUGUUCCCCUUAUAUUUUAACCUGAACCAUGUUUAACAGGGAACACAUCUUGAAGGAGGAAUAAAUAUCAUUACACCACUGGUAACAUUUUUGCUGUCAAAUCAGCAGCUGUGGGUGAACAGAGUAGGGAUGUGCUUUUGCUCAAACUGAUCUAGGCAAAAAUACGAUGGCAUUUUGCAGAGUCAUCUUUGACCACAGAACAGAAAGUCAGAAAACUGCUGCAAAAGUCCUGCCUUGAAUGAGCAGUGUAAAAGGGGCUAGUGACUAUCUCAUACCAGAACAGUCAAGUACAAACUGAAGUGUCCAUAUACUUUUGUUCAUAUAGUGUAUAUACAGGUCCUCAACAAACAAAUUAAUCUAAAUGAAAUUUAAUUCAAUGUCUUUGAUUAAUUCAUUUUCUUUACUGCAGUCUUUUUCAUUUUCUAUUCUGUUAUUCUACUGUAACUCUUUUAAUUGUCCAGUACAAUAAACUUGCCUUGCAUUGACAACUUGCCUGG